GGAAGAAAGGCCGACUCGACAGAUUUACCUCUUCGCUGCGUUUAUGUGUCUGAAUACUUUUAAUUUUUCAAACGCCUCUUGGUUAUUUUUUGUUAUUUGCUUCUUCGCUACAUUUUCUUUUACUAAAAACAUCUAAUAUGAGUGACAGCGAGUCAGGUUCGCAAGCCGACGUUGCCAAGGCAUUCGUUUUACCAGAAAGACAGGCCAAGGUCGCAUCAAUCAUGACCUUCUUCGAGAAGGACAGCCAGCAGCAACAAACACAAGGAGAACCCACACUUUACUGCUUGUGCAAGUCGAGCGAGGUGGACAGAUUCAUGAUAUACUGUAAUAAUUGUCAUGAAUGGUACCAUGGUGACUGUGUUCAAAUAACGGAGCAUGCAUCAAAGGGAAUAAAAAAAUGGUAUUGUCCACCAUGUAAAGAGUUAAACCCUAGUCUUCAAGUUAAAUAUAAAAUCAAAAAGAAAAAAGAAAAGCACAAGGAAAAGAAAUCUGAUUCCAGUGAUUGUGACAGAUAUUCAAAACAACAUACAACAAGGUCAACCCGUCGUUGUGGAGAAUGUGAAGCAUGUGUUCGGACUGAAGAUUGUGGGAAGUGUGACUUUUGUCUAGAUAUGCGUAAAUUUGGUGGUCCUAACAAAAUUCGCCAGAAGUGUCGGUUUCGACAGUGUAUAUUUCGCUCUAGAAAACUAUUAAGAGGAGAUAAAUUCAAAGUAGAUGAUGCAUCUACACCUCCACCAUCAAUGUGUUUUGAGUCUGAAAAUGAAUCUCAUUUUCAAUUUCCUCCCUUGGAUACUGUGGAUGAGCUGGGAAGCACUGUUGAUAUUGAAAGAGUAUAUGAGAAACCAGAAAAGAAAAAAGAGAAAAGCAAGUCAGUGAAUCAAGCAACAAGUAAAGAGAGAAAGUCUAAGAGCAAAAGAGGCUCUGCAGAACGAAGAAAGAGGAAGCAUUUGGAAGAUGAUAUUGAGAAGACGAGGAGAGAAGAGAAUGAAAAACCUAGACAAUGUUAUGGUCCUGGUUGUGUCAAUGCUGCAAGAAAUAACAGCAAAUACUGCUCUGAUGACUGUGGUAUCAAAAGAGCUACAAGUCGUAUCUAUCAGAUGCUACCUCAGCAGAUUCGUGAAUGGCAACAGAGCCCCUGUGUUGCCGAGGAACAGAACAAAAAAGCGCUGGAGAAAAUUCGAAGAGAGCAACAAGAGACGUAUGCCAAGAUUGCAGAGCUUGAUAAGAAUAUUGCUGAGCUCAAUGAUAUUAUUGAGAAGGGGAAAUCAUUAAGUAUUCAAGUUGGUCAGGAGAAUAUUGAUUCAGAAAAUGAUGAGGCUGAUUUAAGUAUUUAUUGUGUCAGUUGUGGCCAUCCUGUUCACCCUAGAGCAGCCCUUAAACAUAUGGAAAAAUGCUUCAGUAAGUAUGAAAGUCAAACAUCAUUUGGAUCAUGUUUCCAAACAAGAAUAGUUGGUGAGUCCAUGUUCUGUGAUUACUAUAAUGCACUACAGAAUACUUACUGUAAAAGACUGAAGGUACUCUGUCCAGAACACACCAAAGAACCAAAGAUAGCGACAGAUGAAGCAUGUGCUUGUCCACUGAUGAAUAAUAAAUGUGAAGAAACUGGUGAAUACUGCAGAGCAUCUAAGCGAAAAUGUAGCAAACACCAUGGUUGGGAAAAACUCAGAAGAGCACAGAUAGACUUAGAAAGAGUCAGACAGUGGCUGCAAGUGGAUGAAUUGUUUGAACAAGAACGCAAUGUUAAAACAGCCAUGACAAAUAGAGCUGGUGUACUUGGUCUAAUGCUACAUUCCACAAUGUGUCAUGAUCCACACCAUCCUGUUAUUUCAAACAGUAAUAUGUCAUGACAUUCUCUUAUUGAUGGUUAGUCAAAUGUGCAGCAAAGCCAUCCAUGUUUAUAGGUGUAAACAGCUUCAAAUGGCCACCCUUUUCCAUCUUGCAUGAUUCAUGAAAUUAAUGUGUAAAUUUCAAGAAGAUUUUUGAUAAAUAAAUAUUUAGAUGAAA